AUGCAUUGUUCCCAACCAACAAUUUUCAACAAGCACGUUAGAACCAAUAGUUCUCCCAAUGAUGGUGAUGAUGAGCACUCCAUUCCUUCUUCCAAUUCUUCUUCUCCAAUAGUAUCAACGUCUUUGCAUACUCCAGUCAUUUACCUCAACUCUCCUUCUCAAAUUUCCGAAUGCUUGGAAUCCUUUCUGGAGCCUUUAAAAUUUGAGGCAAACCCUCCUACGGUCACAGAUUCUUUGGAGUCCACUCUUCUUGAGGGAUUUCCAAGCAAAGAUUAUGUAAAUUCAAUUCUCAACAUUGACUCAACCAACACGAACCCUCUUUUCGUUUACAGAAAUAAGGACAUGACUUGCUUGAUCGAUUCCCUAGUUAACAAUUCCCCUUCAUCGUCGGUACUGAAACUAAAUGACAUUCCUUCGUCAAAAUCUGACACGCUUACUUUUCAAUUUAAUUGUGCCUCUAACGGUCUUAAUAGACUUUUUCAGGAGCUCUCAGAACGAAAACAUUUUACAAAGAGUAGGAUUGAGAAGAGUAAAAAAACAAAGUCAACAAUUUUGGAGCGACGAAAAUGCAAACUUUCACAUACCAUUAAUGCUGACGCUCUGGAGAAUAGCCGAUAUUUCUGA